GCAGAGGCAGGAAAACAAGAUAUAGAUAUACAAAGUUGAGAGUUCUUAGCAUCUUAGCAACAUGACACAUGCAAUUACCUAAGCAGGUAAAGUAGGUUGACUCUACACUUCCUUGAAAGGCUACUGCAUGCUCAGAUUGCUCACAUAGUCACAUUAGUAGUUUAGUACAUUGUACUGAGAUUACUUAUUUUUGUUUUAAAGAACCAAGAUCUAAUUUUUGUUGUAUUUAUAUUUUAUACAUCUCUUACCAAGUUUUAAUUCCCAUCUUCAUAUUUUCCAAUGGAUUUUAUCUGCACCAAACCCCCUGCCUCCAAAGGUAUUUGCAUUUCCAAUGCAGUGAAAUUUCAUGGUGAUUUUUCUCCACAGAAAAAUUCCAAUUUCCUCUGUUUUAACAGAGGAUUCACUGAGUUGUCAUGGAUCAAAAGGGAAAAUUUUCAAUUUCAGGGACUUUUUUGCAAAGAUUCCAGAUUCAUGACUAGUGUAAGCAAGAGGAAUAAUGGUGGAUUAAUUGUAAAAGCAUUCAGUGAAGAGCAGGAAAUUCUAGUGGUUAAAUCUUGGAAUGCCAUGAAAAAGAAUGCUUCUGAAUUGGGCCUUAAACUUUUCUUAAGGGUUUUUGAGAUUGCACCCACUGCAAAGAAAUUGUUCUCAUUCUUAAAUGAUUCUAAUGAUGUUCCUUUGGAAAAGAACCCAAAACUUAAGGCCCAUGCCUUAACUGUCUUCGCUAUGACUUGUGAAUCAGCUGUUAAUUUGAGGAAGGCAGGAAAGGCCACAGUGAAAGAUUCCAACUUGAAGGAUUUAGGAGAGUUGCACUACAAAUAUGGGGUGGUUGAUGAGCAUUUUGAGGUUGUUAGAUUCGCGCUACUCGAAACCAUUAAAGAAGCAGUUCCUGAAAUGUGGUCAUCAGAGAUGAAGGAAGCUUGGACAGAAGCUUAUAAUCAGCUAGUUGCUGCUAUUAAACAACAAAUGAAACCUUCAGCACAAGUUGUUUAGUGACAAAAAUAUCUUAUGUAACAACAAUAUUAUGUUUUUUUUUUAGUAAGAUAGCCUUGAAUAAAUGUGUUACAAAGUUUGUUAGAUUAGACUAGUUAUUAAUGUAUGAUGAUUUCUAGCAUUAGUCCAAAUAAAUGUAUGAAAGAAUGAAUAUCUGUUCAAAUAAUGUAGAUUCAGUGAAUUAGAUAACAAACAGAAAAAAAGAAUAAGAAAGCAAAUCACUUUAUUGAGAUUUUAA